GGGUUAAGAUGGUUGCGCAGAGGCGCAGGAGAAUCAGUCCGCCUCCUCGCCGAUCCUCCCUCUAACUGAUUAUAUAUCCCAAAAUAACUGCAGUUGGCAUCGAGCCAUUAGCAGAAAGGUUGGAUGAGGAAGCAGAUACUGAUCUAUUAUAACCCUAACCGUCUCCAUCCGAAGGGCCUGUCGAUCAAAAUAGUACAGCAUUAACCGUGCUAAAAUCGAACUUUCACUCACAGAUACGUCGUCGGCUCUCCAUCUAUCUCUUCCUGUGGUCCUCCCAAGAAUCUAGCGUUCGCAAAGUGCUCUUCUCAAAACCCUAAUUCUGUUCUCUCUUUUUCGCUGUUGCCAGUCCUCAUUUCAUUGAGGAUAAUGACGGAAGGGGAUGUUCCGCUCUGGCUGAAGAAUCUCCCCAUGGCGCCGGAGUACCGGCCCACUGAGACCGAGUUCGCUGAUCCCAUUGCGUUCAUCUCCCGCAUCGAACGCGAGGCCGCCGCUUUCGGGAUUUGCAAGGUCAUACCGCCGCUCCCGAAACCGUCCAAGAGGUUCGUACUCUCUAAUCUUAACCGCUCCCUUUCCAAGUCUCCUGAACUCGGCGACGCUGCCGCUGGGACUGCGGGUCCUUCGCCAGAGUCUGCUGUCUUCACUACUAGGCACCAGGAGCUCGGGUCCAGACGUGCCCGACCCGCUGCCCUCCCCAAGCAAGUAUGGCAGAGUGGGGAUGUUUAUACACUGGAGCAAUUUGAGGGCAAAUCCAAGGCCUUUGCCCGCUCGCACCUUGGUGGCUUCAAGGAGGUGACCCCCUUGCUAGUGGAAUCGCUUUUCUGGAAGGCGGUGAUGGAGAAGCCCAUCAACAUUGAGUACGCUAACGAUGUCCCGGGUUCUGGCUUUGCUGUGCCAGAGGAGCCUUUUCGGUAUAUCUCUUGGCGGAGGAAUCGGAAGCGAGGAUUGCUUAAGGGGAAAGCGAAUGAAGAGAAAUGUGGAUUCAGGUUGACGAGUUCCAGCGAUAAUGGACAGCCAAAGAGAAGUUGGGGAUCGUGUGGCGACAAGGAGGGAUGGAAGGGGACUUCUGGGUGGAAGCUAUCAAACAGCCGCUGGAACUUGCAGGUAAUUGCUCGUUCCCCGGGAUCCUUGACACGCUUUAUGCCGGAUGAUGUGCCGGGAGUUACGUCUCCCAUGGUUUAUAUUGGCAUGCUCUUCAGUUGGUUUGCUUGGCAUGUGGAGGAUCAUGAGUUACAUAGCAUGAAUUACCUUCACAUGGGCUCCCCAAAGACAUGGUAUGCCGUUCCUCAGGAUCAUGCGGCCACUCUGGAGGAGAUUGUUAGGUGCCAUGGUUAUGGCGGCAGUGUUGAUAGGCUAGCUGCUUUUAUCAUGCUGGGUGAGAAGACAACCCUUUUGUCUCCCGAAGUCCUUGUAGCCUCGGGUGUUCCCUGUUGCAGAUUAGUUCAACAUCCGGGUGAAUUUGUUGUGACCUUUCCACGGGCCUAUCAUGUAGGAUUCAGCCAUGGAUUUAAUUGUGGGGAGGCUGCUAAUUUUGCGACUCCUGAAUGGUUAAAGGUGGCUAAAGAAGCAGCAAUAAGAAGGGCAGCCAUGAAUCAUCUUCCAAUGCUAUCUCAUCAACAGCUUCUGUACAUUUUGACAAUGUCGUUUGUCUCACGAAUUCCUAGGACAUUAAUCUCAGGUGUACGGAGUUCACGUUUGAAAGACCGUAAGAAAGAAGAAAGAGAAAUUCUUGUCAAGAAGGCAUUUUUGACUGAUAUGAUGAGUGAAAACUAUCUGUUGUGUGUUCUCCUUGAGAAAAAAUCUAUUUCUCCAAUUCUGUGGGAACCUUAUAUGUUACCCGCCUCAUGUGCUGUUUCCCAGUGUUGUCCUUCCAUAUCGCUCAAGGCACAGACCUUUGAUAAUCAAAAUGGAUGCUGCAUCUACAAUCAACAGAAAGAAAUCAGUACCCAUGAAGAAAUUUCAAAAAAAGUUGAUGAUUUUUGUGUAAAAAAACCAUUUGAUGAAGCAAUUGCUUUGAAUGCAUGUCCUGAUAUUUUGCUUACUGAGCCUUACAAGGAUCAGAUCCAUCUUGAUCUCCCAGCUUCUGAUGUGGAAGCACUGGAAAUUGCUGAGGAUGAGGAUGAGUUGCCUGUUGGUUUGAGCGUUGAUUCAGGGUCAUUGGCAUGUGUUGCAUGUGGAACUCUUGGCUAUCCAUUUAUGGCCGUCAUUCAACCUUCUGUAAAAGCAGCAAAGAGGAUUUUUUCCAUUACUUGUGAAGAACCUAAUGAGAAGUCUGACAAAUCAUGGUGCUUGAUUUCGCCUCCUUGUGUUCAGAAUGAUCCUUGUAACUUUACUACAGAAGAAAGAUGCACUAAAGUAGCUGAACAAGGGAAUCUUGAUCCAAGUUGGCAAUUGUUUCCAAAAUCAAGCGAAACUAUGCAACAUUUCAGGGAGCAUGAUAUGCCUCUUCCUAUGGAUAACGGUUCUUCUCUCAAUUAUUUCUCUAUGGAUUCUUUGCAAAAUAAGGGAGAAACAUUAGACGCAACAGAUUCUCAAACCAAGAGCAAUAGAUGUGUUUUUGACAGUUCUGCCAAUACAUUUUGUUCCAGUGGCUUGCAUCCUUGUGGAAAUGUGAAAGAAUUUGAGGGGAUUUUGGGCACGAAGAAUGGCUCUGGGCCUUUUUUUGAAGGUGACGAAGAAUCGCAUGUUAAAGGAAAUGUGGGUGUACCAAAGUGGGAUGUGUCUAAUGUACUUCUCAGACCGAGGGUUUUUUGCUUGAACCAUGCUAUUGAGGUUGAGGAACUUUUGCAAAACAAGGGUGGAGGACUUAUGCGCAUUACAUGCCAUUCAGAUUAUCUGAAGUUCAAAGCUUAUGCUGCAUCUAUUGCUGAAGAAAUGGGCACUGAGCUCCACUUAAAAGAUGUUCCUCUUGAAAAUGCAUCCCAGGAAGAUCUUAAUCUAAUUAAUAUUUCUAUUGAUGAAGAAGAACAUCAGGAAGAUGGCAAAGAUUGGACCUCAAAGUUGGGCGUGAAUCUAAGGUACUCUGUCAAGCUUAGAAAACAUUCAGCAUCUCCUCAAGAACAGCUACCAUCAGCUCUUCAGCGAAUGUUUUCAAAUCCCUCAACUGUUUCGGUUGUCUCAAACCUUAAAUGGCUUUGCCGGAAGUCUCGCACACCUGCCAAGCCAUUGGGCAUCAAUGUUGUCAAACCACGGAUUUCAGCCACUGUGGAGCGAGGGGUUCAAACUUUUAAAGUGGCAGGUAAUGACAAUAUAAAAGCCAUCCAGGUUUACCAGAGCCGGAAGAAGAAAACAAAUUAUCUGCCUUCUGAUGAUCACAAUCAUCCAGGAAAAGAGCUCAGCAGUUGCAACCAAAAUUCAAAAUUUGUUAGAAGUGAAAAUGUUGAAAACUUGUUCACUGUCCCCAUUUCUAUGAUUGAAAAUCAUGAAAUUUCUCAAAAUAGCAUAGAGAAAAGGAAUAGAAGUCCAUCAGUUGCUGAUAUUAGCACAACGAACUUGAGUUGUUUUCAUUUGCCCGCCAAGCCGUCUACAGAAUCUCAUGGCGUUAAUGAUCGUUGCUUCUCUGGGUUGAAUGGAUUAAAUAAUACGACGUUUGUUUCUGUUCCUGUUAAUUAUCAGUCUAAUCAGGUCUACAACAAUGCCUUCACAUCUAUUAGCUCAGUACCGUAUGAAGAAAAAAAUGCUGGAGAAUCUUCCGCCAAUUUUGAUGGUGGGAGACACGGGAAUUUAGAGUUGCAGGACAACACGGUUAUUAGAGAAUCUAGAAGUUCUGAGACAAACGUGGUGAUAGCUCUAUGUGAAGGAGAGCGAUGCGGCAUCAUAUCGACGGAAGGCGAAAUGGAUAAAACUGCAAAUCGAGCUGUUAGGGAGAGCAUGUUGGAAGGUGAACUCAUUCACAUUUGUUCAAAAACCCCGCUUCUUAUGCACGAAUGUGCAGUUGAUAAUUGCAAACCGCAGCAUGAACCAUGCACGACAAAAGCAGCUGAUUUUUUUCCAUUUGCUUUGAAUAUUAAAUCUUAUGUGCGACGAAAGAACAAACGGAAAUGGGAAGUAGAACAACGAGUAUCAGAAGAACACAUUGAGCCAGAAAACACAGCAACAGUGCAGAACAAAUUAAAAAUUUAUAACAAAACUGAAGGUCAACAAACCAGUAAUGGUUUUGCCCGGAGUCCAUGCGAAGGCUUAAGACCAAGGAAGGGAAAAUUAGAGUCUUUUGUGGCUGAACCUAAAAUUUCUGACACAAGAAAACAAUCCGAGGUGAAAGAUGCCUUUGAGUGCAAUAUUGAAGGCUGUCACAUGGUGUUUAGGACACGAUCCAAGUUACGACUCCAUAAGCAGAACCGUUGCACAUACGACGAAUGUCGAAAGAGGUUCAGCCAUCACAAGUAUGCGAUGCGGCACCAGCGCGUGCACAAAGACGAACGGCCUUUCAGGUGCUCGUGGAGAGGAUGUAAAAUGUCGUUCAAGUGGGAAUGGGCGAGGACGGAGCACCUUCGUCUCCACACAGGCGAGAGGCCUUAUAAGUGCUUUGUUGCUGGUUGCGGGCUAUCUUUUAGGUUUGUUUCUGAUUUUAGUCGGCACAGAAGGAAAAGUGGGCAUUUUGUUAGCACAAAUGGGUCUUAGUCUUUAUUUUGCAUGUUUUCUUUUCUUUUCUUUUUUUUGUUAAUUUUCUAAUGUAGCAGCUGAUGAAUAUGAAACUUGUUAUUGCUUUUGAGGUUAAGAUGACUCGAAAGUGACAAUUCAAUCCUGGACAUAGUUUUAGCUGAUGUUAGUGUAAGAGUUGCAUGAAUUAAUCGUUGCAGAUACUUCAUGUCUUCAAUUUGUUUCGUUUGUUUGGAUUUUUAGGUAUGAAGAGAUUAUGCUCUUUCUGUUGAU